AUGUUUAGAGGCUGUCCUUUCGGGUUAAAACCCAUUUCCUCCAAAUUCCAAGGGGUUAUGGACAUUGUUUUCAAGCCCAUGUCAGAUUUUGUGUUGUGCUUUGUUGACGAUAUUGUCAUCUUCUCUGCUACCAUGGAAGAGCACAUAGAACAUGUUGCUCGCGCUAUCAAGGCUCUGACGAAAGUCAACCUGAUUUUGAAUGCUGAUAAAUGCCACUUUGCCCAAAAGGCAGUGUCCCUGUUAGGUUUUUGUGUGUCUGAAGCCGGCUGUACGUUGGAUCCACGCAAAUUAACCAACAUCCAAAGUUGGCCUAUCCCAAAAACAGGCAAGGAUAUUCAGCGAUUCAUGGGUGUAGUGAACUACUUUAGAGAGCACGUUCCCAAAAUAUCCACAUUAACUGCUCCUUUGGAUGAAUUACGCAACGUCGACAAGCUCGAUGAUGAAUGGACAGAUGAGCACGCUGAUGCUUUUAUUGCUAUACAAAAGAUCUUGACGAACACCCCGAUUCUACGCUAUCCCAAUAUGGCGUAUCCUUUCUCGAUGGCCACUGACGCCUCGAAUGUGGGUAUCGGUGCGGUGUUGUAUCAGGUUAUUGAUGGUGAAACUCGACACAUUUCUUUCAUGGCUCGUGCACUGUCGAAAUCUGAACGUAACUAUUCAACUACGAAACGAGAAUUGCUUGCAGUGGUAUACGCAUUGGAAAAAUUCCACACCUACCUGUGGGGCAACCACUUUACCCUCUAUACGGAUCACAGAGCACUUACCUAUUUGCACACCCAAAGAGUUGCUAAUGCAAUGAUGAUCGGCUGUGGAAUUUGA